AUGGCUAUCAAAAUCAUUGAGCACUGCCAGGUGGCACCCUCACCGGAUACUGCCGCAGAACAAUCGCUCCAACUACUACACUUUGACAUGAUAUGGUUUCCAUUCCAUCUCAUGCAAAACCUCUUCUUUUACAGCUUCCGAUGUUCGGAAUCACGUUUCUCCGACACCGUUGUCCCGAAUCUCAAGAAAUCGUUGUCCCUCACUCUCAAACAGUUUCCUCCGCUUGCCGGGAAAAUCAUUUUCCCCCUCUUCACGGGCAUGCCUGUUUCUCGAUACGUGAAAGGGGACUCGGUUUCUCUCACUUUCGCCGUGUCGGACGAUGAUUUGAUUCCCCUGACGGGGAAUCUUUCCAGGGAUUCCGAUCGAUUCCAUGACUUCGUCCCUGAGUUGCCUCCGGCGGAUUAUACGGACACGAUUGACUUCUAUGUAGCAGCUAUUCAGGUUACAUUGUUUCCGGACCAAGGUAUCUGCAUCGGCUUCACCAACCAUCACGCAAUAGGCGACGGGCUUUCAAUGAUCGCCUUUCUACAAACAUGGGCCAUGAUCACCAAACUAAACGGUGACGACACUCAUCUAUUAACAUUCGGCCAAAAAUAUCUUCCUUUCUACGACAGAAGCGCGGUCCCACACGGCGACAAACUAGCAACCGAACAUUGGAACAAUGUGAAAACCUACAUGCCGACAGUUUCUCUAACCACCGAGUUGCCCACAAAUAAAGUCCGCGCCACAUUCGUAUUGAACGAUGCCGAAACCCUAAAACUCAAGAAACGGGGCCCACCCAACGUCUCGUCUUUCGUGAUAGUAUGCGCGUACUUGUGGACAUGCAUGGCUAAGUUGGCCAAUGAUGAGGUGGUGGAUGACGAGGCGGAGUACUUAGCUUGUGAUGCGCACUCGCACGGGCGAUUAAACACCCCGCUGCCCGAGACUUACUUCGGUAACCGCUUUGAACUCGUGGUGGCUGAGUCAACUCAUGGAAGGCUAAAAGGGAAUGAAGGGAUUGUUUUUGCUGCAGAGGCGAUCGAGAAGGCUAUUCAGAAAACUUUUGGCGGUGAUAAGAAGAGUCCGGAUGAAUUGGAUAUUUUAGGUUUGAUGGAAAAACGGGUGCUCGGAGUAGGUGGUUCGCCAACGUUCGAUAUGUACGGUGCGGAUUUUGGAUGGGGAAGGCCGGAGAAGUACGAGGCUGUUCAUAUUGAUUGCGAUGGAUCGGUUUCGAUGUGUAAGUCGAGAGAAUUUGAAGGAGGGGUGGAGAUUGGUUUGUCGAUGUCGAAGGUCGAAAUGGAUGCUUUUGAAGUGAUCUAUAGGCAGGGACUCAAUGAAUGAAGCAACAUAAGUUAUAUACAUGAAUUGUAUCUGUAAUUUAAU